ACCAACGACAAAAUAACACACGAAGAAGAAUACGAAGACGAGGCUACUGAGCUAGCCUAACCGAAGGUUUAAUUUUCAGUAAUAUGGCGACUGUGCUCCCCGUGAGACCUCCCUGCGAUAGCAACCCUGCUACUCCUGGAGCACAAUCCAUAAAGGAGGAUGUUAUAGAAGAAGUGUCCAAUGAUGGCAGCCAGCCUCCUAAGAGAAGAAGGAUGGGUUCAGGGGACAGUUCUCGAAGCUGUGACACUUCUAGUCAAGACCUAGGCCCGACAUAUUUCCCAGCAGAAAACCUGACAGAGUAUAAGUGGCCUCCAGAUGACACAGGAGAGUAUUACAUGUUACAGGAGCAGGUCAGCGAAUACCUGGGAGUCACAUCCUUCAAGAGGAAAUACCCUGAUAUGGAGAGAAGAGACUUGUCCCACAAAGAGAAGCUUUACCUGCGUGAACAGAACGUCAUAACUGAGACACAGUGUACUCUGGGCCUGACAGCUCUUCGAAGUGAUGAAGUGAUAGAUCUGAUGAUAAAGGAGUAUCCUGUCAAACACUCUGAGUAUUCAGUCAUACUGCAAGAGAGAGAACGACAGAGAAUAGCAAAAGAGUAUUCUCAAAUGCAGACGCAGAACCCUCAGAAGGUUGAGGCCAGCAAGGUUCCCGAGUACAUUAAGAAAGCGGCUAAAAAAGCUGCAGAGUUCAACAGUAACUUCAACAGAGAGCGUAUGGAAGAGAGGAGAGCAUACUUUGACCUCCAGACACAUAUUAUUCAGGUGCCUCAGGGCAGGUUCAAAGUGCUGGCUCCAGACCUGACAAGGACAGGUCCUUACCCUGUGGCUCUCAUUCCAGGACAGUUCCAGGACUACUAUAAAAGGUACUCUCCCAAUGAGCUGCGAUACUUGCCAUUGAACACGGCACUGUUUGAGCCUCCACUGGAUCCAGAGCUGCCUGCCCUGGACUCAGAACCUGAUUCAGAUGAUGCUGAGGAUGGAAAGGAUGAUAAAAAGAACAAGAACUCAUCUGACAGUUCUUCAGGAAACGCAUCAGACAUGGAGAGCCAGGAGGGAGGAAGUGGACCUGGCAACAAGUCCAAGGCCAAAGACAGGACAUCCACGCCGGGAAAAGACGGCAGCCACCGCCACUCAGCCUCCCACAAAGCCACCCCAGGGUACAAGCCUAAGGUCAUUCCCAAUGCUAUAUGUGGCAUUUGCCAGAAGGGUAAAGAGGCCAACAAGAAGGGCAAACCGGAGGCUCUCAUUCACUGCUCCCAAUGUGAUAACAGCGGCCACCCGACCUGCCUGGACAUGAGUAAGGAUCUGGUGAGUGUGAUCCAGACUUACCGCUGGCAGUGUAUGGAGUGUAAAACCUGCACCGUGUGCCAGCAGCCCCACCAUGAGGACGAAAUGAUGUUCUGUGACAAAUGCGACAGAGGGUACCACACGUUCUGCGUGGGCAUGGACUCCAUACCUACUGGUCUCUGGGUGUGUGAAGUUUGCGACAAAGAUUUCAACACGCCCAAGAAGAAGGGAGGAGCGAAAACACCCAAGAAAGUGAAAUCAGCUAAAAAAUAAUGAACUUCAACUAUAACCACAGUACCUGGACCAAACUCUACACUAAUGCACUGUCUUUGGUCUCAUUAUUUUCCAAAGCCUUUUAAUUGACAAAGGUCACAUGAUUGUGAUCCAAAACUUAACAAGUGUAGCCUGUCCUCUGAACAGGAAAGAUUCAAAUACAAGAUCUUUACCUGCUCUGACUCUACUCAAUCACGGGUGACAACAAACAUAUUUAACUUAUUUUUGAACCAGUAGAGAAACAGAACGCUUCAUCUUGUAAUCUGUAGGUCUACAUUUAAAUGAUUAAUCCCGAGCAAACAUUAACUUAAGCAUAGCAACCGCUGAAAACUGAUUGAACUCCAGAGACCAUAAAUGUAUACAUAGUGUUAACUGCUGCACUGUAAAUGAGAUUCCUCCAUCGUAAACCCUGCCACCUGUUGACCACUUUCAACACCAGUGCAUUCUUUUGUCUUAAACUGAUGAGUUUCUUCUCCAUUGUAACAUUCCUGCAGUGGUGCGCUGUUUGAAUGAAAACAGUUUCAUUUGAACAAACAUGGUGCUUUUGAUCCAAACUACUGAAACAAUCAAUGUCAAUAAGAGCUUACUUUUGUAAAUCAGCUUCUUUCAAACAACAUUUUUUGGUUGUUUUUUUCUCUCUCAUAAACUAAAGUUUGUAUUUUGGAUUAACAUGUAUUUAACGAGCCAGGCCAGUGAGGAGCAAUGUUACCUUAAGUCCUAAAUGAUAACAUGAUGCUAAUGAUCCUGUGUUAUGACAUGUAAUAGACACUGACUUUGGUACUCAGCAGUCAUCAGGUAUUUAUGUGCAAGUCUUGAGUGCUAAAUCAAUUUGUUUUCAUUUUGUUGCCAUCCACGUUUAAUAAUCAAACAUGUAACCACUUUGUAAUACAUUACAUUUCAACACCAGUCAGCUCUUAUCAGCUGGCUGUUGAAAGAACAUUUUUCAUUGUUUUUUUUAUUUUUGUAACUUGAGUUUGUUUGUUUUGUAUCUUGUUUCAGUAAACAUUUUGUUCUGGAAUAUUUGUUACUAAAAAUGUCAGUCACUGAAUUAGGAUGUCUUUUUUUCAAUAAAACUACUUCAAAGAGUG